UAUUAGUGGCUAACCACAUUGCAGGUUUAUCUUGUUUUUGGGGGUAUCUUAUAAGUAAAGUCUGGUUGUAGUCUUCUUUCAAUUUUAAAAAAAAAUUCAAGAGACAUUUGUUAAUUUUUAAGCUUUUUUUUAUUGUUGUUUUUAAAUGUUGGAAAAAUGAGAAUAAAAUUUUUUUGACCUCUUAAAAAAUUUUUUUUGUUUUUAAAAAUGUUUUUUUUGCAUUUUUGUAUAUCUUUUGAUUAAAUUUAAAAAAAUAUAUAUUUAGAAAAAAAAAAUUUUUUAGGAAAAAUUUUUUGUUAAUAAAAAUGAAUGGUGAAAACAAUGGAGAAGGAGGAAUGGAUGAAGAUGAACAACAGCACGAACAACUUUUGUUUCAAGAGGACAACGGACAAGAACACCAACAACCCGAAGUUUUAUUUUUAGAAGAUGAAUAUGAACAGAAAUGUCAACUUGAAGAUGAAGAAGAAAAUUGGACGUCAUCUUUAAAUGAUCAAGUAUCGGAAGAAGAAGGAAUUGGAGGAGAAGAAGAGCAAUCUUUAAUUGUUGACAAUUCAAUAGAGAGGAUAGAAGCGCAUAAAAAAGAUGUUUUUUGUUUGUCUUUGUCAAAAAAUGAGAGAUGGUUAGCUACUGGUUCUGAGGAUGAUACAGCUGCAGUUUGGGAUACAACUCAAAAACCAAUACGUCAACAUUUACAUAUUGUUGGAAAACAUGUUGAUUCUGUUCAUUGCCUAGCGUGGAAUUGCAGCAGUGAUUUACUUGCAAGUGGAGAUAUGUCAGGGAGAAUUGUCUGCACUCUUGUGAAGGAUUCUAUUGAGACUGAACCAUCUACUUUAAUAAUUGAAGAUUGCCAAUCAACAUCUGAACAACAACAACAACAACAAAUGUCUGACAAUCAAGAAGAGGAAGAACAGGAAAACAGUUUUGAACAUAUUAGAUGGCUUUUAUGGCAUCCUUCAGCUAAUGGAAUUCUUUUUGCUGGUUCAGAUGAUGGUUCUAUUUGGAUGUGGCUUGUAAUUUUGAAUGAAGCUAAUUCUUUGAAUGUUCAACAAUUUAAGGUUUUUUUAAUUAUUCAAUCGAAACUCGAUAUAAGAUAA